CGCUGGCUGCCCGUGGGGGCUGCGCCGCGCCCGCGCCCCGUGCGGAGGACCUCAGCCUGGGAGUGGAAUGGCUGAGCAGGUUCGGCUACCUGCCCCCAGCGGACCCCGAAACGGGACAGCUGCAGACCCCAGAGGAGCUGUCCAAGGCCAUCGUGGCCAUGCAGCGGUUCGGAGGCCUGGAGGCCACCGGCGUCCUAGAUGAGGCCACCCUGGCGCUGAUGAAAACCCCUCGAUGUUCCCUCCCUGACCUCCCGGCUGCGGCCCCAGCUCGAAGGAGACGCCAGGCUCCAGCCCUGACCAAGUGGAACAAGAGGAACCUGUCGUGGAGGGUCCGCACGUUCCCACGGGACUCACCCCUGGGCCGCGACACAGUGCGGGCGCUCAUGCACUACGCGCUCAAAGUCUGGAGCGACAUCACGCCCCUGAACUUCCACGAGGUGGCCGGCAGCGCCGCCGACAUCCAGAUCGACUUCUCCACGGCCGACCACAACGACCGCUACCCUUUCGACGGCCCAGGCGGCACAGUGGCCCACGCCUUCUUCCCGGGCGACCACCACACCGCAGGGGACACACACUUCGACGACGACGAGGCCUGGACGUUCCGCUCCUCAGAUGCCCACGGCAUGGACCUGUUCGCGGUGGCUGUCCACGAGUUUGGCCACGCCAUCGGGCUGAGCCACGUGGCAGCCACACGCUCCAUCAUGCAGCCGUACUACCAGGGCCCGGUGGGUGACCCGCUGCGUUAUGGGCUCCCCUAUGAGGACAGGGUGCGCAUCUGGCAACUGUACGGUGUGCGGGAGUCGGUGUCCCCCACGGCCCAGCCGGACACCCCAGAGCCUGAGGAGCCACCCCUCCUGCCGGAGCCCCCUGACAAUCGGUCCAGCACCCCGCCCAGGAAGGAUGUGCCCCACAGAUGCAGCGCCCACUUCGACGCGGUGGCCCAGAUCCGCGGCGAGGCCUUCUUCUUCAAAGGCAAGUACUUCUGGCGGCUGACCCGGGACCGCCACCUGGUAUCGCUGCAGCCGGCACAGGUGCACCGUUUCUGGCGGGGCCUGCCGCUGCACCUGGACAGCGUGGACGCCGUGUACGAGCGCACCAGUGACCACAAGAUCGUCUUCUUCAAAGGAGACAGAUACUGGGUGUUUAAGGACAAUAACGUAGAGGAAGGAUACCCGCGGCCUGUCUCGGACUUCGGCCUCCCGUCGGGCGGCGUCGAUGCCGCCUUCUCCUGGGCCCACAAUGACAAGACUUAUUUCUUUAAGGACCAGCUGCACUGGCGCUACGAUGAGCACACACGGCGCAUGGACCCCGGCCACCCCGCCCAGAGCCCCCCGUGGAGGGGCGUCCCCAGCACGCUCGACGACGCCAUGCGCUGGUCCGACGGUGCCGCCUACUUCUUCCGCGGCAAGGAGUACUGGAAGGUGCUGGACGGCGAGCUGGAGGUGGCGCCCGGGUACCCGCAGUCCACUGCCCGGGACUGGCUGGUCUGCAGAGACCUACCCGCCGACCCCGAGGGCACGGAUGGAGAGGCCGGGGCCCACGCGCGGCCGGGACAGCGCGACCAUAGCCGCUCGGAGGACGCCUACGAGGUCUGCUCCUGCACUUCCCUCGCCGCCCCUGCCCCGCAGGCCGCGGGCCCACUGCUGGCCGCACUGCUGAGCUUCCUGUGGACAGCGGCCCAGGCCCUGACGCUGUGACAUUCGGUGCUGGCCUUCUGGCCAGGGCCCGGAGCUGCGAAGUGCAAGGACUGGUGCCAGCCCCUCCAGCGCCCUAGGCAAGCGUGGAAGCAGAGCGGACCCCGCCUCGCUGGUGGGGACGGGCGCCCCCUAUUCCCGGGCCGAGGCCACCGGGUGCAGCCUCCCUAGCUCUUGCAGAGGCCAGCAGAGGGCGCUGCUCCUCGGGCGGUGGAUGCGGAGUAGCGCUCUCCUGGCCUUGACUGCGGGCUGUGAGCUGGGAAGACUUCGCUACCGCCCUGAUGGGGGCCAGAGCCGUCUUUUCAGCCUGUGAGUGACGGCAUCUCACGGAGAUUAACAGAAGAUUAACAUCUCAUGGAGAUUGACAGGAAUGGGCAGGGGUGGGGGCGUUACAUCUGGCCUCGGGGCCCUCAGUUCCGCAGGCCCUCGAAAGGGCAGCUCGGGGGUCCCACGGGCACCCCCCUCCCCAUCACCGGACCGCACUGCUGCCCCUGGUGCUUCCGCCCACCCGUGCGGCUUCCUCUCCUGGUCCCUGUGGGCCUGCUGGUUGCCUUGAUGAGGGCAGCCUCCCCACACACAGGCGCGCCCCCAAGCUGGGGCCGUGGUGGUCUUGUGACGCAUUUCAAACAAACACGACCUCUUCCUGCUU